AUGGCGAAUCGACUGUUUAUUUUGAAUAAGUUGCUGUAUUUUUUGGCGAAUAAUUCAAGUUUAUGGGAUAAUGAGUCGUUUAUUCUAAAUGUUUCUGCUUUCUACAUUAACGAGGAAGUUUUGUCAAACGAGUUUGAAAUCUUCAAAAUCAAAAAAAUUGAUAAAUGCCUAUCAAGAAAAGAGCUACGAAAAAACGAUAAAUUGACGAAAUGUUUGACCAUGUUGAAAACUAUGAAAAUUAAUGGCAUUCGUGAUAAAUGCGCAAUUUUUGUCAGCGCAAAUUUGAGCAAAAUGCCGUCAUUUGAAAAAUUUAUAGAAAUAAAUUUUGAAAAUGUUGAAAAAGACUUGAAAGACAUGCUUGAUAAACAACAGGCGUGUCUAGGCAACGCUUUAGACCAUUUUGCUGAAAUGCAGUUUAAAUCAUGCGGCGCCUAA